UCUCUCUUCCUUUGUUCUGAAUUGCUUCUCAGACAUCUCUUUUGUGUUUUUUUCCCAACCAAUCCUUUUCUAUUUCUGAGACUUUCGUUUGUUUUUUCUUUCUUAGUUUUUUUUUUUUUUCGUUCUUUUCCCCAUCCUUCCUUCCUUCGCAUCCAUCCAUCCAAUGCGCCUGUUGCACUUGCCGCGCUGCUUUGUAUCUGUUUCCACCACCACCACUGCUACACUAUCUACCUCGUCGACCUCUACGGCGACUGUGACUCCUGGCGUUGUCGUGGCACGCGCGGCAACUCGUGUCGGCGGUCAUCAUUCUCAGCGUCUCAUGCAGCAGCAGCAGCAGCAUUACCGACGCCAGCCCAGCCACCCCAACUACGAACAGCGCCUACACACUGCAUCCUAUGGCGGUGCUGCUCGCGUGGUUGUGGACACGGCUGGGAUGCAAUGGCUCGUCACUGAGACUGCAGCAUUUCCUCCUGGUCUUCCUCCUUCUCUUCUUCCGGGAUUCCUUCCUCCUACCUCGCUUCCGGUGCCUGCUUCCAUUGCAUCGCCUUACAUGAAUCAUCCCUUGUCUGAUGGUCCGGUGCGGCCGGCGCUUGGAUUCCUGCCAGGUCUGCCUCAGGGUUCUCUUGGCUCUGGCUCGGUGAUGAUGCAAACAAGCACAAGGUCAAGCGCGAGAGGCUUCCACAUGGCUGCCGAAGCAUGCUCAAGCUCUGUCGUGAUGGAUGCCACGUUGGCCUCUGCUUCGGCGGCGGCGGCAUUCAGUGACGACCACUUCACCCCUGCUUCUGCUGUUGAGGAUGAUAGCUCGACGAACGUUCGCUCUCCGCGGCAACAAGCCCGACCGCCACUGCCGCCGCCAAUGUAUAAACAGCUUCGCAAUUGGCGUACAUUCCAUCAGGACCCGUCAGAUGCCUCGAGUCAUGCGCACAACAAGUUCAAAGUGAUGAGUUACAAUAUCCUUGCCAACCAGCACUUUCGCAACAACUCGUACCUGUACCGCUGGACACCCUCAGCUGCACGCGCGUGGAGCUAUCGCCGAGCCAACCUUGUUGCAGAGAUUACCGCGCUGCAGCCCGACAUUUUAUGCCUGCAAGAGCUCGACUCGUACCACGACCUGCCCGAGACGCUCCGGCAUUUAGGCUACUCGGGUAGGUACUUUAAAAAGACAGGCGGCGAGGCCACCGACGCGUGCGCCAUUUUCGUCAAAAGCGACCGCUUUGCCAUCAAUCGUGUGCACAAUGUGCAGAAUUUCAUCGAAGGAUCCAGAGUCCUGACAUCGCACAACAUUGGCAUGCUUGCGGUCGUCACCAUGCAGCUCCCGACGGCGCCUUGGAUUCGAAAAAUGAUUGUCGCGACAACACACCUGCACUUUAAUCCCAAGCGCGGCGAAAUCAAGCUAUUGCAGCUCAUGAAGCUCUUUGCGGAAAUCCGCCGCGUGAGAGCCGAGCUGACUGCUCAGUUGCAGGCGUCCUACCAAUCCCGGCGCAUCCACCACCCCGUCUCGCCCAUCCCCGUGGUGCUUGCUGGCGACUUCAACUUGACCCCGGACAGUGACUUGUACCGCUUUAUCGAAACUGGCGAGAUCAGCUACUCGGGCCUCGAUCGCACGGCCAUCUCUGGUCAGCUUCGUGCCGAAAGCCGCCACACACAGGCAGUCUGCGAUGCCACGCGCGAGCACCAUCAUCUCCUGGGUGAGCACCCCGUUCCACUCGCUGCCAAGGCUCCGAGUCAUUUCAUCUCUCGCUCCAGCAGUCCCGAGUCGUUGUCGCGUCGUCCGCGUCCCUUGCCUGGCUCUGACGUUGACGAUCUGUUUCUUUGCCACCCUCUGGUCCCACCGGAGCUCCCAAUCGAUCUGAACUGUUCGUGGCUCCAGGAUGACGCCGCAUCUACCCUCUCGCCACCAGCUCCAGAGGCAACCAUUCGCCAUCACUUCAACUUUGCGUCCGCCUACGCCGAGACAGAUCGUCAUCCCGAUCAGCAACAUUUCGCCACAUCCAUCAACGAGCGAUCCAUGUCUACUGUUGAUUACAUUUUCUUCGAGCAAAGCGCGCUGAGUCUGACCGGGUUGCUCGACCUCCAACCUGUCUCCGAGAUCCGCGCGAUUGCCUCGCGGGAUUCCGCCGCAAUGCUGUCUCCCGGAAUGCUGCGUCAGUACGGGUUGCCUUGCAUGACCUAUUCGUCCGACCACGUGAAUUUGAUGUGCGAGUUUGCUCUGCGAUGAGGUGUACUGUGCUGAAGUGGAACCCAUCGGCUUUUUUGCUGCGUCGAGGGGUUUUUCUCGUUGCUCUCAUCCCUAUUUAUUGUUCAAACCAACGAAAUUCGACGUGCUUGGAUUGUUCAAUCACAUUUAUUUGUUGUACUGUACAGUAUCUCUGAAACCUUCAC